UAUUUCCAAGAUGGCAGCCUCCAUGCGACUGCCCGUGGUGGUGAUUUUGGGAUCAACUGGGACAGGAAAAUCGAAGUUGGCACUUGAGCUAGGGAAGAUUUUUAAUGGAGAAAUCAUUAGUGCCGAUUCCAUGCAGGUCUACAAGGGGUUAGACAUCAGCACAAAUAAAGUGACAGCUGAAGAGUUAAGGCAAUGUCCCCAUCACAUGAUCGACUUUCUCAGUCCUCUGACCAGGAACUACACCGUCACUGACUAUAGAGAUGCCACACUACCUAUUAUUGACCGACUCCUGAAGCAGGAAAAGCUCCCAAUCAUUGUUGGAGGCACCAGCUACUACAUAGAAUCCCUCCUGUGGAACUUCAUCGUUACUAAGCAGAAUGGUGCGUGUCAUCUACUUUUAAAAGUUAGACAAGUUUGGCUGUGUCUUGAAUCCCUGUCCUUAUAUUUCAGAGCUCUAGAGAUGUAUGACACCCACAAUGUGACCUUGAGCAGUGUGUAUAGGGCCCAGAGGAGCCAGCUGUCUAACCAGGCCCCGAGUGGCCCCCUAAGGUUCCACCACACCUGUGUCUUCUGGCUUCAGAGUGACCUUCCAGAGCUUGGUAAGAGGACUGACCGGCGAGUGGACACAAUGAUAGAACGUGGCUUGGUGGACGAGUUACAGGACUUCCAUCAACAGUAUAACGCUGACCGCUUAAAGGAGGAAAGUGUGCCGGACUACACACAUGGGAUAUUCCAGAGUAUCGGCUUCAAGGAAUUCCACAACUUCCUCAUAUUGUCAAAGGAGGAGCAAACCACAGACAAAGGGAAGCAACUCUUUAAAGAAGGAGUAGAAAAUCUCAAGAAAAGAACGCGCGCCUACGCCAAGUAUCAGGUGAAGCACAUCCGCAACAGAUACAUCAGACGCCGAGGCGCUAACACAUUACCUGUAUAUGGACUGGAUGUCUCUGAUGUCUCUCAAUGGGAGGACCGUGUGAAAACACCAGCUGUGGAAGUCCUAACGGAUAUUUUACAGGGGAGAGAACCCCGUCAUGCCCCGAUCCCUUCAGAAGAGACGGAUAACUACCUUGUACAUGAAGUUUGUGACAUCUGUAAUGAUGGUCGCAUGUUCUACACGUCAGACGAAUGGAACCGUCAUCUCAAAAGUAAAAGGCACGAAAGAAGGAAAUAUAGACUUAAAAAAGAACAAGCUAAUUUAUUGAAAAGAACUGAAGCAAAAGAAAAGGCGACCUCUGAUGAUGCUACGCAAGCCGGUGUAAAGGGGGAUAACUCUCAUCUGGAAGACAGUGUCAUAGGUGAUUUUGAAACAAUGGAAGACAAUGACAUUACAUCAGGCAAUGUCAGUUUUCACGGUUCACCCACAAAUGACUGUGAACUGGGAAAUGACAUUGAUACAUCAGAUAAUGUCACCAUGUCACAUGAUGUCAAAGAAGAUAAUGAUGUAAAGGGAAGCAACUCCACGAUGUCAGGCAGUAAUGUCAACGAUUCGCCUGAUACAAACCAUGAAAGGGGAGAUAACUCUCCUAAAAACAAGGAUGUCAGUUGAAAUUGAUUUAAAGAAAAUUGUUACAAUGAGGAUUUAGCUUGAUUACAAAACUACAAUUUGACCGGUGUUUAAGAAAAAAAUAAUAAGAAGUGUGUUUUGAUUCUGUAGACUGAUAGAUAGCAGAUAAGCUUUCUGUAACAGAAUAUUCCUGCGUGGGAAGUUCAGAGCAUGGGUAUAAACAUUCCACUUGUUGUCGACAUAAUCUAAGUGUCAGAAUAUUUCACAAAUUAUUAUUUGUGGAAGUUGAAACUACCAAGACAUUUAAGAACUAUUGGUUCUUUGCUUUUUCUAACUCGAUUUCUUAUCUGUUAUUUUGUGAUUAAAGAAUAUUAAAGAAAUAUUAACACAAUUUUA